UCAAUAUUUACUAACAUCCGUUGGAAACAGUUCAAGUUUUCUUUAAGAAUAAUUUUUUAUUAAUUACAUACUUGCUAAAGUUAUCUAACUACAGAAAAAGGAUAAAAAAUAAGAAAUUCUUUAAAUUGUUCAUUAAAUAAUAAAAAAAUCUAAUUUUUAUUUAUUCUAAAAGAAAGUUAAUUAAUAUUGAAAAAGACAUAAAUAACAAAACAGCAAAAUGAAUUUUCAUGUACCAAAUUUUAAUAUGAAAAAUUUGGUUAAGGAGGCAGGCAGUACAUUUUCCAGAGUAGUGCAGCUUACCGAAGAACGUUUUGGUACAACCGAACGCACAGAAUAUGAUUCAGAAUUUCAAAAUUUGGCCGAACGUGCCGAUGUCACCAAAACUUGGACAGAGAAAAUUGUCAAGGAUGUUGAAUCUGUAUUGGUGCCAAAUCCUCAAAAUCGUGUAGAGGAUUUUAUUUUUGAGAAAAUUGAUAAAUCGAAACCACAACGCUUGAGUAAUCUGGAAUAUUUGGCUUUGGAUAUGCUGGAGGCUGGGGCUGACUUUGGCCAAGAUUUACCCUAUGGUCAGGCUUUAAUUAAAGUCGGCCAGGCCGAGCAGAGACUGGGUAAAUGUGAAAGAGAUUUUAUUGCUUCGUCCAGCAUAUGUUUUACCACACCUUUGCGUAAGUUUCUGGAGGGUGAAAUGAAAACAAUUACCAAGGAAAGGGGUGUUUUGGAAACAAAGAGGCUUGAUUUGGAUGCCUGCAAAAAACGUGUAACCAAGGCUCGCAGUAUGUUGGGACAACAGACGAAAGAUGGUGUUACACCAGAAGCUGUUUUAGAACAGGCUGAACGUGAUUUGCGUGUAGCUCAGUCAGAAUUUGAUCGUCAAUCGGAAAUUACUAAAUCAUUGUUGGAGGGCAUUAAUACAUCUCAAGCGUCACACUUAAGACAUUUGCAUGCCUUUAUUGAAAAUCAAGUACGUUACUAUAAACAAUGUACCGAUGUUAUGGAUCAAUUGCAAUUGGAUUUAGCCAAUUUGGGAGGCCCUACACCUUAUCAGCCCAUUGAAAUGGAUCAACAUCAACAGGCUGCUGGAGGAGGAGGAAUUGAACAAGGAGGAAAUCCUUUUGUUAGAAACAGUAAUAAAACAAAAAUUAAUGCACCGAUUAGCGUGAAUGCAGAUCAAAUGAAAAGGGCACGCGUUUUGUGUGCCUACGAUGCCAAAGAUCAUACGGAAUUGACUUUAAGUGCAAAUGAGGUUAUUUUGGUGGCCGAAUGUCAACCCAUUAAUACUGAUUAUAUGUAUGGCAAGCAGGGUUUGUUAAAGGGUUUAGUACCCCGAGCUUUUCUCGAAAUGUUAGAUGAUGACGAUGAGGAAGGUGGUGAUGGCGGUGAUGAUGAACAGGCCAUUAGCGGUGAUAGUGAUUACUAAAAUUGCUUUGGCCGAAAAACAAAGUAACAACAGUAUUUUUAAUUUAACUGAUUGGCGUUUAAUUGGUUAAGAUUUGUUGUCAGUUGACGACUAUAGAGUUUUAGUUUAUGUCUAUUUGUAGUUAAGUUCCUGUGCAGUUCUAGUUCAGUUCUGGUUCUGUUCUAGUUCAGUUCUGGUUCAGUUCUAGUUCAGUUCUAGUUCAGUUCUAGUUUAGUUCUAGUUCAGUUCUAGUUUAGUUCUAGUUUAGUU